AAUGAUAGAUUUAGAUAAAGAACAAUACAAGCAUACCCGUAAAUUUUACGAUAUAAAUAGUACACAGGUACAAUGUAGGUCACGUGACACUUUAUGUAUGUAAAAUUGUAGGGUGUUUAUAUAAAAUCUGUGUGCGUACAUUCUUGACCCACGGGAAUUUAUAAACAAUAUGACAGGAUGGGUUCAAGAUCACUGACAGAGGGAUUAACCCGGGGGUCCGUAUUAACCCUCGGGGCAUAUACAGGGCUGAUCUUUGCCUUGUGUCUAACAGAUGUAAUAUCAGCUGAAAAUGGUGGAAGAUACGGUUAUUUCUCUCAGGAAAAUAGUUCCAGUGUUAUACUGAAAAACGCAGUAUGGAAUGUUAGGGACAGUGGUCGACAGACAGAAUUUUCAUUUCGAACAUGUUCAAAUGGGCAGCUUUUAUACCAAAAAGGGGCGGGUGGGGAUUUCUUAAAACUUUUGCUCAUAAAUGGAACUCUUGAAUUCCAUUGGUUAAUUGGCUCCGUCCAGAACAGUACUGCAGUAGGCGCUGACUUAAAUAAUGACGAGUGGUGGACGUUAAGUAUACAUCGAUAUUUAGGAAAUUUAUAUUUAAAUGUGACAAAAAGUGGGAGAGUGUAUUUUAGUGAGAUUAUUUCAAAUUCAACUUUCAGGGAAUAUUUUUCUAGUAUAGAUUUUAGUGGGACAUUAGGCCUGUAUGUUGGCCUGGAAUAUACAGGCUGUUUGAUGGAGGGGCCUACUGUGAUAUUUUCUAACAAUAAUGCCUAUACAGAAUGGAAUAAUGUGAUCUGGAGUGAUACUUCUUGUCCUCAACAUGAUGCUAAUUGUGCUCUAGAGAAUGGUGACAUAAACGACUGUUAUUCUCACCCAUGUAACAAUGGUGGUACAUGUAUCGACGGAGAAAACACUUAUACUUGCCAGUGUCCGCACCUGUACAACGGAACAAACUGCGAAAACGACCUCAGUGUGUACGGCUGUGCUGUCAGUCCAUGUUUGAAUGGCGGAACAUGUCAGGGUGUGUCUAGCGGCACCAGAAAUUACAGAUGUGAUUGUUUAAGUGGAUUUGCUGGUACCAACUGUGAAGGUAACAUUGACGAGUGUGGUACCAAUCCGUGUCACAAUGAUGUACCAUGUAUUGAUAAAGUUGGAGGAUAUGAAUGCAACUGCACCGGCUCAGGUUACAGUGGGUCACUGUGUGACCAGGAUAUAGACGAGUGUGAGGACACAAGUGUGUGUGGUACUGGACAGUGCUUCAACAACCCAGGCAGCUUUACAUGUGGCUGUCAGGACGGAUUCUUUGGACCGGAAUGUCAGGACAUAGAUGAGUGCCAGUCUAACCCAUGCCAAAAUGGUGCCACAUGUCAGAAUCUGGAGAAUAGAUACAAGUGUUUGUGUGUGACUGGGUAUACAGGAGGGAUGUGUGAGACAGAUAUUGAUAACUGUAUCAAUAUAACAUGUGGAGGACUAUAUUCAGAGUGUAGAGAUGGUGUUAACAGUCAUACUUGUGUGUGUAAACCAGGAUACACAGGUGUUGUUCCUAAUUGUGUAGAAAUUGAUGAGUGUCAACAAUACAGCCCAUGCCGGAAUGGUGCCACAUGUCGUAACCUGAUCAAUGACUACAACUGUACAUGUGUAUUAGGAUACGGCGACAAAAACUGCUCCACAAAUAUAGAUGAAUGUUCUCCCAAUCCGUGCAUGAAUGGAGCAACAUGUACAGACCUAUUGAAUGACUACAGAUGUGAUUGUCUGGCUGGUUUUAAUGGAAACCAAUGUGAGAACAACAUUGAUGAGUGUGCCUUUACAAGCCACCCUUGUAGCAAUGGAGGAACUUGUGUUGAUGAGAUUGAUGGCUACAGCUGUAGGUGUGUGUUUGGAUACACAGGGGCCAGUUGUCAGACAGAUAUAAAUGAAUGCUCUCCAAACCCCUGUGGUGUAAACAGUACUGAUUGCACAGAUGGUAUCGGAUAUUUCAACUGUACAUGCAAGCUGGGAUAUACUGGUGUGAUAUGUCAGACUGACAUUGACGAAUGUUCUUCAAAUCCCUGCCAGAACGGGGCAAUAUGUACAAAUAAAAUCAACGGUUAUGAGUGCGCAUGCACUGCAGACUGGAUGGGUAUGGACUGUUCAGUACAGUAUGAUGCAUGUAGUCCAGUAUUUCAAAAUUGUAAAAAUGGUGCUACGUGUGCUUCCACACCCCCGUCGCAUGAUUUCAGUUGUACUUGUGUUAGAGGUUUUACAGGAAGCCAGUGUGAAACCAACAUUGAUGACUGUACACCAGAUCCAUGUGAGGCACCACUGGUGUGCUUUGAUAAAGUUGACGGACACCUCUGUGGCUGUCCCAUUGGUUUUGAGGGAGUGAAUUGCUCAACCCCAAUUGAUGAAUGUGGAAGUUCUCCGUGCCAGAAUGGCGGAACCUGUAUCGAUGGGAUCGGUAACUAUACAUGUCAGUGUAAUCAGAGAAAUGCUAGUGUUAUAGAUGGUACAACAACAACAACAUACUUGACAGGGUACGAUGGAGUUAACUGUGAGAAUGAUAUAAAUGAAUGUCUUGUACAGCCGUCUAUAUGUUUGAACGGUGGUGACUGUGAAAAUGAGGAUGGUACAUUCCAGUGUAAAUGUGGCAGAGACUCUGAUGGGAACUAUUUUUCAGGCUAUAACUGUGAAGUGUCCACCUCGUACUGUACGAUACACCAAGAAGUAACCAAUGAUCAGCCAGCAUGUAAGAACAAUGGAACUUGUCGAGGACUUGUCAAUGAUUUUGUCUGUGAUUGCGCCCCAGGAUUUACAGGUCGCCGCUGCAAAACAAAUAUAGAUGAAUGCGAAUCUAACCCAUGCCAGUAUAACGGGACUUGUGUUGAUGGUAUAAAUGGAUAUACAUGUGACUGUAUCCCAGGAAUAACGGGAAAAGACUGUGAGACCAAUAUAGAUGAAUGUGCAUCAAACCCUUGUCUUCAUGCUGGAAAAUGUAUCGAUCAUAUAAACAGCUUUGGAUGUAACUGUACUGACACUGGGUUUAAAGGUGAUACAUGUGAUAUCAACAUAGAUGAUUGUGAACCCAAGCCGUGUGAAAAUGGAGCAACCUGUUAUGAUCUCAUAAAGGACUACAACUGUACGUGUUUCCCUGGUUACAAUGGGAAGGAAUGUCAAAAUGAUAUCAACGAGUGUGCUAGCACUCCCUGCAAGUUUAACAGUACGUGUCUACAGAAGUCCAACAAAACACUGUAUGAUAUAGACCAUCCAGGAUUUGAGAACUUGACAUUCUCCUAUGCCAAUGCUUCAGGAUACCUGUGUGAAUGUGUAGCUGGAUCUAAAGGAGUUAAUUGUGAAAUAAACAUUGAUGACUGUCAGCAUGAUAAUUGUAACAAUGGGACAUGUUAUGAUCUCCUCAAUGCCUAUAGAUGUGACUGCUUCCCAGGUUUUGAGGGAGAGUACUGUAAUGUGGAAAUUGAUGAAUGUGCUCGUUAUCUCCCUUGCCGGUAUGGUUCUAGAUGUACAGACAAAAUUGCUGAUUAUGAGUGUGAAUGUCCACCGUUGCACAAUGGAAAACCAUAUGCAGGGAAAAAUUGUACAUUUGAAUUAACAGCGUGUCGAAAUCAUCAGUGCCAUAAUGGUGCAACUUGUCAGCCAUAUUUGAUCAACGAAACCCGAGGAAUUCAGGAUUAUGAGUGUCUAUGUACGGAGGGAUUUACUGGAAAAUACUGUAAUAUUUCCACAACUAUGUCUUUUGAUUCAGGAUCUUACAUAGAAGCCAGACUAAAUAUGUCAGUUGAUGUAACAGUUUCAUUUCGAUUCCGAACAACUUUACAGGAAUCCAUUUUGUUCGCUUGGAUCGGACAGAAUGGUAGUUUAACACGACUCUUCACAACUGUAGAAUUAAAGGAGGGAAAGGUAUUUCUGGGAUAUCACGGGGCUGGUGCAGAUAGUCUCACAAACUCUUCUAUUACAGACAGAAAAUUAAAUGACGGAAACUGGCAUAAAGUUGUUCUCACAAAAACAAACAGCAAAAUUACAGUAUUAGUUACAGGAAGUAAAUGUGUUUCGGGAUGUAAUAUUGAAGUUAUGUAUGAUUCUACAAUUCAGUCCACUCAGGAAGGUUAUUUUGGAGGUUUAACAACUCAAACUUUGCAUCAGCAGACUGUGUCUAAAACUAAAUUUGUAGGUUGUAUGGAGGAUGUAACAAUUCGGGGAACCAGACUAAGUCUGGAUAUAAAUACUGUUGACCAUAAUUUUAUUAACCUGACAAGAGGAUGUCCAAGGUCUCAGCAGUGUUUCUCUGAUACUUGUAAUUCAAAAGGUGACUGUGUGGAUCUGUGGAAUAAGUACAGGUGUGACUGCUACAGACCAAAUCUAGGUGACAGGUGUGAAACAGCGUAUAUAGCGGCAACAUUUGGCUACAACAACAUACCUGUCAGCACAGCAGAAUUCAGCCUUGUAUCGGAUAUCAGAAAGGGCCUACUGCAAGAAUUUGAUAUAUCGUUUUUCUUAAGGUCUAGGAAGGAAUCUUCACUGAUUUUUUUCUUUGGUGAUCUACAAACAUUUGUGACAUUGGAGUUAGAAAGUGGACAUUUGAAAGUCAGGUUGAAAUUCUGCUCACUAGAGAAGAUUUUCUUAUCAAACGAUGACGGUUACAGUGAUGGCCAGCAGCAUCUUGUAAAAUUUUACCGAAAAUCGAAUAUUUUCAUGUUUUAUGCUGAUGAGAACUUGGUUCAUGCGGAGAAUGUACCUGACAAUUGUAACUUUAAUGCACAGUAUCUAUAUUUUGGUGGAAAUAUUCCACAAACUGUCUCUGGACGUAAAAAGCGGCAGACCAUCAUCACAGAUGAAAAUGUGGGCGAUUUUUCAGCAGUUUCUCCGUACAAAGGAACUAUACAAGAUGUACAGCUUGACCAAUACUCACUGCAGUUCUAUCCGCUAGCUGACCCAAGCCUGUCCGACCUUCUCAAUAUUUCAGUGGCCUUUAGCUCGGGAUUAACACAGAAUGAAGUGACAGACCCAGUAUGUGAUAUGAUCACACCCUGUGAAAACAACUCAACAUGUACAGAUGUGUUCUUCAAUGACUACAGAUGUGAGUGUCUGCUAGGAUAUAGAGGGAAGAACUGCAGUGAGCUAGAUUUCUGUGUGACAGGAACUUGUCCUGAUGGUUCUACCUGCCAGAGUCUUCUUGAUGGAUUUGAAUGUAUAAGCAAUGCAACAUUUAAUGGAGAAACAAGCUACGCUGUCUACACGCACACACUGGCAAAUACUACUAAAGUCCGCUCAUUCUCCUUCAAGUUUAGAACAUUGGCAAUGAACGGCUACAUUUUUAUGAUCGGAAAUAAUUCACGCUACUUCAGAACGAGGCUGGUUGGAUCUGAUUUGACUAUUCUUUAUAAACUGGAUGACUCUGAAGAAAUGGUGCUAACAGCAUCGUAUCCAGUUAGCGAUUCCAGGUGGUUUAUGGCUAAAGUUGCAGAUUCCCAGGAUACUGUGACCUUGACCUUGUAUGACCUUGAAGGGGUCAAUCUGUUUACAAAUGUUAGUGGUAAGAAGCGUGUGAAUAGUGUUGAUAUGAAUGAUCUGGUUAAGUCAGACAGUAAUGAAAUAUUUGUGGGUACACGCGUGUUGGGAGUUAGUACCGUACAGAAUAUUUUCGCAUACGAAGGAUGUUUAAGUGAACUCCGUAUUGGGGGUAUACUGUUGCCAUUUUUCCCAGAUGACCAGUUUGUGAACAAUACCAGCCAGCAAAAAUUUUUACUCCAAGGGUACAGUUUUACCCAUGGUUGCAGGGCAGGACAAGGGUGUAACACUAAUCAGUGUCGGCACAGCUCAACAUGUAUUCCAGAUUUCUACACAUAUGUAUGUAAUUGUAGCACUGGCUACACAGGCAGAUGGUGUCAAGAUCGUGUCGACUAUUGUGAAGAAGAUCAGUGUGUUAAUGGUCAUUGUGAAAACAAACUGGACAAUUAUGAAUGUGUCUGUCCUUCUGGAUAUACUGGAGACAGGUGUGACACAGACGUGAAUGAAUGUAACAGUAAUGUAACAGUUUGCCAGAACAACGCCUCCUGUCAGAAUGAGAAUGGCACGUACACAUGUCAGUGCUCACAGCAGUUCAUUGGAGACAUGUGCGAAAUAUCGUUGACAGUAAACUGCAGUACAAAUCCUUGUGUCCAUGGAACCUGUGCUAUGAUCAAUACAACACAUCCUGUGUUAAAUACUCAGGUGGAGACUUUUAACUGCACAUGCAAUGCGGGUUAUGAAGGCUACAGAUGUGAUUCUCCUAUAGAUUACUGUAGUAACUUCCCAUGUGAAAAUGGAGGCAUCUGUGAAUCACAUACUGACACACAGACGUACACCUGCAACUGUCCUACAGGCUUUAGUGGAGAUAGAUGUGAGGAAAACAUAAAUGACUGUCCCAGUCAGUACUGCAAGAACCGAGGUGUAUGUGUAGAUGGUGUUAACUCAUUUGUUUGUAACUGUACGCAGUUUUAUACAGGACCAACAUGUGAGACUGAUAUAGACGAGUGUGAGAUUACACGACCAUGCCAGCAUGAAGGUGCAUGUAUCAACACACAGGGUUCACCUGGCUUCUCCUGCAUCUGUAGUGGAACUGGAUUUGAAGGUCUGUAUUGUGAGCAUGAUGUUGACGAAUGUACAAGUUCGCCAGGUAUCUGUCAGAAUGGUGCUGCCUGUAAUAACACAGUUGGUGGCUACGAGUGCACUUGCACUCUGGGAUACAAGGGAAAGAACUGUGAAAUCCCAGACUGUGGCCUCAUUUCCUGUCAAAAUAGUGGCACAUGUAGAAUAUCACAGUCCAAAUGGAACUGUCUAUGUCCGCAGUUUUAUGAAGGAGAUCUGUGUGAGAUCAAAGGACCUUGUGCUGAUGAACCUUGUCUGGCUGCUAACACAGAGCAGUGUACCCAGAAUGUGACAGCAAACACAUACAAUUGUCAGUGUAGAGCAGGCUGGAAAGGACAAAUCUGUAGUGAAGAUCAAGAUGAAUGUGUAGAUAUUGCUCCUUGUCAGAACGGGGCUACAUGUAUCAACAACCAGGGAUCAUUCAGAUGUGACUGUGUUCUAGGAUAUACAGAUCAGUAUUGUCAGACCAACAUUGACGAGUGCGAAUCCUCACCUUGUAAAAAUAAUGGAUAUUGUUUUGAUGGAAUAGGACAGUUUGAAUGUAACUGUACUGGAACUGGUUAUGAGAAUUUAACGUGUGAGGUGGACGUGGAUGAAUGUGCUGACAACAACCCAUGUUAUAACGGAGCUGCUUGUAAGAACACUGUUGGAAGUUACCAGUGCCAGUGUACAAAUGGAUUUGAGGGGAAAAAUUGUGAAGUAAAGUCUGAUGCAUUGAUGGAGGAUGAUAUAACAUGGUACAUUGUGGGCCCGGUUGUUGCCCUUGUACUUAUUCUUAUAACUAUUGGAAUUAUUUGGUUCUUGCUUUGUGUACGUAACAAGCGAGCGACACGCGGAGCAUACAGUCCCAGUAGACAGGAAGUGACCGGCUCGAGAGUAGAACUUGGAAAUGUUAUGAAGAAACCUCCACUCGAAAGAUUGAUAUGAGCCAAUCAGAGAUCGUGUUUAUAUUAACAUAAUAGAUACUCAUAAUGCGGGUCUACUUUGCAAUAAGAUUUUAACUUACAAUGAAACACGGUGUUAUGUGAUGACUGUGAAUAUGCCAAAAAAAAAUUUCGCAAUUGGAGUUAAAGGACGAUAAUGACAAGGUUAGCUAUAGUGCAAGUGUUGUGUGUCACCAGGAUGAUGUUGAAUUGGUCAGAUAAGAUCUGAGGCAAGGUCAGUAUAUAUAGGCUGGCUGAACUCGAAGGUUUCAUGGAAAUGUAUUUGUGUUACUUUACAUAUAUACAACCAAUUGUAUAUCCAAAUAUAUUGAUAUUGAAAGUAUAUUGUGAUAUUAACAGGACUAUAUGGACGUCCCAGGUGGAUGACUUUAUGCAUUUAUUAUCAUUAUGUGAGGUUGUAAAGUUUACAAGGACUGUUUAUGUAGUGCUUGAAGUGCCAGUAUGUAGGAGGAGAAAUUCAGAAAUUGCCGAGUGCACUAAAGGAGGAUUUUAUGAUGUAUGUUAUACUUAGCCAUUGAGGAAUGUUGGGCUCAAGGUUAUAAAUUUAGAGUUUGAAGACGAGUCAAAAAAUUAAUUCAAGCAGUCUGUCUAGUUUCAGAUUUGGGGGAGGGGGGUAACCUACCUUCCAGAUUUGGGGAUAAGUAACCCACUGGGCACUUAAGUACCUUUCUAAACUCAGUUUUAUUACCUUGAACCCUUCUAUAUGUUAGGAUGAAACCCUGCUCUAAUAUGUUAGGACAGGAUCCUACAUAUGUUAGGAUUGAAUUCUGCUUUAAAGUAGGAUUGAACCCUACUAUAAAGGUUGGAUUUAUAAGAAAACAUUUUAAACAAAGCAUUUUGAAGCCUUAAGAAAUACCACCAAUUUGCAAACUGGGGUGUUUAUAAGAAAAUAUAUGGUACAACUUAAGGACAUAUCAAAUUUGAAUAUCUGCAAUAUUAUAUGUUUGCUUGUUCAUGUUUGUGUAGAAUUUCUCAAGGUUAUAUUAUGAAAAGUGUGCUAUUGAAAAUACCUUUAAGGAAGCCUAUUUAUUUGGAGCGUAAUAUACCUAGUAUGUUGUGAAGUUAUAUGGACAGCGUUUAUCUGGACACUGAAAAUUUAAUGGUCUAUAUUCAAGAAAUUUUGAGGAAAAUAAUAUCAGUUAUGAUACACUCAUGACAUAUAUGCUUUAAUUGAUCAAGGUGUGAAUAUUAGUAUAAGGAUAAAAAGAAAGAAUAUAACAAAUUUUAGUAUUCAGAUUUUGAGUGAAACAUGCAGUAUUACAACACCUUUCAUUUCCAUUGUUUUUACAGUGUGUGUCAAAUAUUUUGUCUGUAACAGUCUAUAUCUUAAAUACAUGUACAUUUGCAUAUCAUGAAUAGAAUUAUGGCAUCCCACUCAUUCGGAACAAGUUGAACGUUGUUAAUAAUUGUAAUUUAAGCUGCAUGAUUGUAUAUUUUCUACUUGUAAAUUAUUUAUACCCUAGGUUAUACCAAAUUGUCAAUCCUUUUGUCCUUUGCUGACGGAACAAUAUCGACUGAGAACAGUUCAACAACUUUGCCUUGUGAAACAUUUAAAUACAUGUGUUUGACUUUUGACCACAAUAUUUUCUUACUUAUUUGAUACUGCAGAUUUGAGAACUGUAGGACUAAAUUUACGCACUUUAAAGUACCGGUAAGGUUCAGUAUUUUAAUAUAUGAUUUUGUUAGACUUAUUUGAUUUAGCAGUCAACAGGUUUUUUAGUGUGGGAUGAUGGACGCUACAGGAAAACAAUUUUGUAUAAUCUUUAAGUAAGAAAAACAACAAAGUGUAUAUGAUACAUUAAUAAAGGGGAGAUAAUUCAUUCAUUCUUUGUAAUAUUAACUUAAAAUGAAAAUUAACAAGACUGUACACAAUGUGUUUAAUAUAAGAAAAGGUGGUUUCAUUUAUCUCUACUAAUUAUUGUACCAUGUUGCUUGUUAGCCCACCAUCAUCAGAUGGUGGGCUAUUAAAAUCACUCUGCGUCCGUGGUCCGUCCGUCCGUCAUUCCGUCCGUCCGUCCGUCCGUCCGUCCGUCCGUCCGUUAACAAUUUCUUGUUAUCGCAUCUCCUCAGAAACUACUGGGGGGAUUUUGACCAAACUUUGUCAGAAUGAUGUAUUGGUACCCUAGUUGUGUCCCCCUGAAAAUCCGACUGGUUCAACAAUUUAUGAGUGAGUUAUGGCCCUUUGUUUAUUUCUAUAAUUUACAUAGAUUUAUAUAGGGAAAAACUUUGAAAACCUUCUUGUCCAAAACCACAGAGCCUAGGGCUUUGAUAUUUGGUAUGAAGCAUUAUCUAGUGGUCCUCUACCAAGAUGAUUCAAAUUAUUUCUCUGGGGUCAAAUAUGGCCCCGCCCUGGGGGUCACAUGAUUUAUAUAGACUUGUAUAGGGAAAAACUUUGAAAAACCUCUUGUCCAAAACUACAGGGCCUAGGGCUUUGAUAUUUUGUAUGUGACAUCAUCUAGUGGUCUUCAACUAAGAUUAUUCAAAUUAUACCCCUAGGGUCAAAUAUGGCCCCACUCUGGGGGUCAUAUGGUUUACAUAGACUUAUAUAGGGAAAAACUUUGAAAAUCUUCUUGUCCAAACCACAAAGCCUAGGGCUUUGAUACUUGUAAUGUAGCAUCAUCUAGUGGUUCUCUACCAAGUUUGUUCGAAUUAUCCCCCUAGGGUCAAAUAUGGCCCCGCCCUGGGGGUCACAUGGUUCAUAUAGACUUAUAUAGGGAAAAGCUUUUAAAAUCUUCUUGUCAAUAACUACAACAUUCAAAUUUGGAAAUGUAUAUUUUUGAGUGGCAAGAUGAACCUUGACAUGAGUUGACCUUGAUUUUGACCUAGUGACCUAUUUUCACAUUUCUGUAGCUACAGCCUUCAAAUUUGGACCACAUGCAUAGUUUUGUGCACUUGAAAAAACUUUGACCUUGAUUUUGACCUAGUGACCUACUUUCACAUUUUUGAAGGUACAGGUAUCAAAUUUGGACCAUAUGCAUAGUUCCGUGUUUCAAAAUGAAAUUUGACAUUGAUUUUGACCUAGUGACCUACUUUCACAUUUUUGAAGGUACAGUCUUCAAAUUUGGACCACAUGCAUAGUUUUGUGUUCCGAAAUGAAAUUUGACCUUGAUUUUGACCCAGUGACCUACUUUCUCAUUUCUCAAGCUACAGCCUUCAAAUUUGGACCACAUACAUGGUUUUAUGUACAGAAACAAACUUUGACCUUUACAUUGACCUAGUGACCUACUUUCACAGUUUUGAAGGUACAAGCUUCAAAUUUGGACCACAUGCAUAGUUCUGUAUUCUGAAAUAAAAUUUGACCUUGAUUUUGACCUAGUGACCUACUUUCACAUUUCUCAAGCUACAGCCUUCAAAUUCGGACCACAUGCAUAGUUUUGUGUACCGAAAUGAACUUUGACCUUAAGAUUGACCUAGAGACCUACUUUCACAUUUCUGUAGCUACAUGCUUCAAAUUUAGACCACAUGCAUAGGAUUGUGUACCGAAACAAACUUUGACCUUGACAUUGACCUACUUUCACAUUUUUGAAGGUACAGGCUUCAGAUUUGGACCACAUGCAUAGAUUUGUGUUCUGAAGUGAAAUUUGACCCUUGAUUUUGACCUAGUGACCUACUUACACAUUUCUCAAGCUAAGCCUUCAAAUUUGGACCAUUUGCAUAGUUUGUGUACCAAAUUAAACUUUGACCUUAAGAUUGAUCUAGUGACCUACUUUCACAUUUCUCAAGCUACAGCUUUCGAAUUUGGACCACAUGCACAGUGUUGUGUACGGAAAUGAAAUUUGACCUUGAGCUAGUCAGUAAGUCUUGAAAUUUGGAACACUCCAAAAUGGCACAUUGGUGGGCGCCAAGAUCACUCUGUGAUCUCUUGUUUUAUAUAUUGAUAUGGUUCAUCAGUUUGUACAUUUCCUUUAAUCUAAAGAUUUACUCAUAAUGAUUUAUAUAGAAAUCUGUUUUAAACUUCCAAACAAUCGAACUUAUUUUGAAUUUUAUACAUUAAAACUUGAUGUUAAUAAAUAACUGCAAGGGUAGUGUUUGGUUUUUAUGUAACAGAACAUACUCCACAAUAUUGUUACGCAUUUUUACUUAGAAUUUCUUACUAAGUUUUGUUCAUUUUAUCCUUCCAUUCAAAAUUUGUCACUAGAGUUACCAUAGUCUGAUUAUAUAAAAAAGCGCCUUUUCAUUUGGAAGUAGGUAGUGGUAAAUAGUAUAGUUUCUUGGCCACCUUAAAUUUGAAUAAACCUUAAAUUUGAAUACACCUUUAAUUUGAAAAAAAAAAAAUUGUAAAAUGUAAAGAAACACUUCAAAUGUUUAUGUGUACCUAUUUAACAUUAUACAUAUCAAGGGAUGCAAGUAUUAUUUCUGUGUAUUUCCAGUUGUCACUAAAUACAGUUUCUGUAUUAGUGAUUUAAUAACAUUUUUGUAGACACUUUUAUACAUGUAGAAGGAUCAUUCCAUUGUAUUAACAUAUCAAAGAGUGUAUAGAAUUAUUUUUUAUAGAAUAUUUUAUAGAAAGUGUUAAAACUGUGCAUUAUAAUUGUAUAAACCUAGAUCUAUUUUAUGUUAACUGGAUAUAGUUGAAAGAAUUGAACAGUCAUGUUUUAUAAGAAUAACAACAUGAUCUUGGUUAUGUCCUUUUCAAAUACUGUGUCAUCUUAUACUGCAUGUGUUUCUGUCUUUUUGUAACAAUGUUUAUUUCAGAAGCAUAUAACAUAAUGUGUGCCACGCCAUGAGAAAACCAACAUAGUGGCUUUGCGACCAGCAUGGAUUCAGACCAGCCUGCGUAUCCGCGCAGUCUGGUCAGGAUCCAUGCUGUUCGCUUUUAAAGCCUACUGCAAUUAGAGAAACCGUUAGCGAACAGCAUGGAUCCUGACCAGACUGCGCGGAUGCGCAGGCUGGUCUGGAUCCAUGCUGGUCGCAAAGCCACUAUGUUGGUUUUCCCAUGGCACGGCUCAUCUCUGAAAUCUGUGCCAUGCCAGAGUAACAAUGAGUUUCAUUUCAGUGAACACACAGUCAAGUUUUAUACUGGCAACCUUUUGUAUUACUGAUGAUAAUGCAACCUAAAAUAACAUAGACAAUUAAAAUUUUAACAAUGAACUAGAAUAUGAUGCACUCAUGCAAAAAAAAAAAAUGUCCAAUGUUUUCCAACCAUUUACAUUCUUGUGAUAAUCUCUGGACCUGUAAACAGCUUUUUAUAAUGACAGUUGUACAUCACUGGUUAUAUUGACAGAAUGUAUUGUUUGUGUCUGCCGAAAGAAGCAGUCACAAGAUUUAUACUCCAGUAAAUAUUUGAUAACACGGAAGUUUAAUGGCCUAAAUUGUGUUUUUUUUUCUGAUUCUAUAUAUAAAUAUAUUGUUUACUAUGCAUAGCUAAUGCAUGUAGAUUAUAUAACUGACUGUCAGUAGUUCUGACAACUUAGUUGAAAUUAUUUGUUGCUGUCCCAGCAGUUUCAUCAUCAUCAUCAUCAGCAUCAUCAUUCAUCAUUCUCAUCACUACAGACAGCAGUGUCUUCUUGACAUUCUUGAAAUCAUUCUGAUCAUCUUUAUCAUCAUUAUCACUACAGCAAUAGUUACUGCAAAAGCAUUAUCAUCGCCUUCAUCAUCAUCAUCAUCAUCAACAUCGUCAUCAUCAUCAUGUAUUUUAUCGACUGAAAUCACAUUAUACCAAACAUUAUGUUGCAGAAAGCUUAUACACUUCUUCAUCCUUCAUAGUUUUAUUUCUUCAUUGUGAAGUAACUGUAGUGAUUAUCUUGGGAUGUAAUAGUCUAUAUAGAGGGUAGUUGACUGGUUAAAUUGUAUAUUGUUUUUGAAAAUAUUAACAGUUACUACACAGUAUUCAUGUGUAUAUAAGCAUAAGAUGACCAUAUCUAUGUGUGUACACAGUAGUGUUAGAUUUGAAAAUACUUCGCACAAAUAAAUGUUAAAGAAACACAAAAAAACAAAACAAAUAUAAGAUAUGGAAUUUUAUUGUGAUUGCUUGUCGACAUGCACAGUUCAGCAUAUCUAUUAGUUAAAUAAGAUAUAUUUGAAGAGGAUUUUCUAGAUUUGAAAUAAAUUCUGAUGAUGAAAUAUUGCAAUGAAAAAUCAGCAUAGUAUAAUCUUUAAUGUUGGUCAGUUAUUUCUGAUAAGAUAGAUUCAGAGAAAGAGCUAACUGGGAAUAUACUAAUUGCAUAAAGUUUGGUAUCUUGUGAUGUGUUUGUUUGGAGGAACAAUAUUGUAAUAUUAAUAUUAAACUUAUUUUAUGAUAUAUAUAUUUCUUACAUAUCAGUCAUUGUAUAUAUACAUGUUCAUUCUACUGUAGUAGAUUUAUACAAUUAUUCAUUCCCAUUAUAUUUUGAAAAUAUUAAGAAUGAAAAAAAAUAAAUGAACAAAAACUA